AUGGACAACAACCGCGAGUCCAUUAUCAGCAAGGGCAUGACCCAGGUCCAUAUGGGUCUGGGCAUCCUUCUAGGUGCAGCGCGGAUCUCCAGCGGCACCCACGAGCAGAUCAUGCGACUAGUCAACGCCGACGAGGAUCUACUCUCCUUUGACGAGCCCACCGACUUUCUUCCGGCCAAAGAAGUUGAUCUUGGACACCGCACUGUCAAUCUAGCCGCACAACCACACCUUGAACCUGCCAAGACAAAGCUCAACAGCCUUCUGGAUUUCCCAUUUGAGCCUAUGCAGCAGUACCAGCAGCCCCAGCCCCAGCCCCAGCACCAGAACCAACACCAACAACGGCCCCAACAACAGCCCCAGCACCAACACCAGCACCAACACCAGCACCAGCAGAAGCAGCAGCAGCAGCCAUCGAAACCCUUCCAUGCGUCCAGAGCCCAGUCCGAAAAUCAGAUGAAAAUCAUCUGCCCCUGGUGGGCGACGCCUGGCUUCAAGUGCAGAGAGCAGGCCAAAGGCAUCUGCCCGUGGUACCACGAAGCCAUACCCGGCGGCCACAAGUAUCCUCUCAUCUGCGCUUUCUGGGCCAAUGACCGUCGAUGCCGGAAGGCCGCCGACAAAUGCCGCUUUGCUCACUAUCCUGCACAACACGGCAAAGUCGCUCCCUUGCCACCCAUGAAGAAGACGGCCGUCAAGAAAGAGCGCAGAGCCCCUGGUAAGGCUUUGAUCGACGACGAUUGGUAG